CUCUCUCUCUCACUACUGGCUUCCGGCGCCUCGACUCCAUCUAACAUGAUGGCGGAGCACUCUCUACUCGAUCCUCUCUAUGACUACAAAACAUUCACCGUUGAAUUACAACUUUGUGCAUUUUUUAUAACAUUGCUCGCGUGUACCUGCCCAACCUCAAUGAAAUCAAGUGACAUUCUAGCCAAGAAUUUUGGCCGAAUCUUCGCUAAAUACCAAUCCGUGAAGCACUUUUCAUGCGUCUUUUUCACGCUAUCUUUGCUACACUGAAAUAUUUUGCGAAAAGGUUGUUAAACACCGAAUGACUUCUUUCUCUUUUAACUUCUUCUCUUGCCUUUUUUUUUUUUCUUUGUUUUACAGAUGAAUUAUUUUGACUUAGUUUAAAACAAAGGCGGGGUGAAAAUUUAUUUUUUAUCUUGAAGUUACGAUUUUGUUAUGUGAUGGCCAUUGAUGAUAUAUUGCCGACAAAAUCGAGACAGAAAAUGUUAGAUACUCGCCGUUUGUUCAACGCGAAUAUGGAUACGACAGCUACGACUAGUGCUAUUGGAAGUUCAGCAAGUCUUGAUACUGGCAACAUCAAUGAUAAUCAAAAUGCAAUAGAAACCCUCUUGAAAAACAGCACCAAUUUUGAAUUAAUCAUGCCUUCAACUUCGUCGGUGUCUGGUGCUAGAAGUGGCCAUAUUGCUCUUGACGCGAAUGUCAACAACAAUAACGACGGCACUCACAACAACAACAUGAUUUUCUCUGGAAACUUAAACCUAAGUAAUAACUUUAACAUUGAUAACAUGAACUUUACCUACGAGGAAACAAUUCACAGUGGUCACUUUAUGCUAAGUCAGGUCCACGAUGACAAAACUGCAGACGAUUAUGAUGAUGAAAAUACUGUCAAAGAGGAGAAAGACGCUCAGUCCUCUUCGACGGGCCUCAAUUUUCUCAGUUCUUCGACCUCCCACGAAAAUGUUGGUGCUACAAAUUUGGAUUUUAGGGACUAUAGUGCUACACAGUCAACACUUUUCUCCAUUGACGGUUCUCUUACCAAACUAUUCGAGUGUAUGACCUUAGCUUACAGAGAUUGCAGUCAAACUAUAGAUGGAUUUUGCAGUGGGAAGAUCGUGUCUCCAAAAUGGAAACCUUUCAAAGGUAUGAGAUUGCGAGGCAAGGAGAUAGUUCGUCUCAACAACAUUAUCUGGAGAGAAUGGUUCAUGCAAUAUAUUCAGAAUAAGAAGCCUGUUGUUUGCCAAUUUGCCAAUCCUUUGCCUGAUGACAGCCACAAGAGAACUGAAGCAGUUGUUAUGGAAGGUAAAUAUUGGAAACGAAGGCUCGAGUCAGUUACUGGAGAAUACAAAAGCUGGCGUAAGUUUUCGAAAAACCAAAUCACUCGUGCGCGACGAAACUCUACCACAUCCAAAGGCAGCUCCCAAAACAGUCUCUACGAGUGGGCCUUUCAGGGACUUAACGCCACAGAAAGCAACGACGCUUACAAAAUUGAAGACAUGGAGUUUUCUGAUGCCCUUUUUUCACUUUCCCAACCAUUUCCAUUUCCCAACCCACGUGAACUGAUGCAAACUGGUUACGUUGAUUUGAUCCAGCCAGUGUUGAUGCAACUCCAACCCAACUUAGAAGAUUUCAUGGAUACCAUGGAACCAAUGCAACUGUUCUCUGAUAUAUUUAAGUCCCAAAACCUGCCGACUUCUACAGUCACUUCUUAUCAGUCUGAGCCUAACUUGUUGCUCUCCAUGGAAAGUGACCUUACAUCUGAUUUAACUGCUCAAGUACCUCCCUUAAACCAGCAAGGAGGAGUGCCCUCAUCAGAUCCGUUAAAAGAGAAAGACUGUUCUUUAGGGAUCUCUUCGCUAAAAUCCACACACACCAUGUCCCCUGCUCCACAGACUAAUCUUUAUUCAGUUGCUCCUGUACAGUUACAGCCCCAGCCCCAGGCACAACAGCAACAGUCUCUGUCCACCCUAAACUUGCUACAAAGCUCCCCGUUUUGUUCUUCACAUACUGUGAGUCAUGUUGGGGGCGAUGGUCAAGCACCCCUAUUAACUGACAGUUCUGUUUCUCUCCAGCAAUCAGACCCUCAGGUGCCAGACCAAAUGUUUAACAAAAUGCUCCAACAAUACACAAAUGUACUGCCUAAAGUCGAUGCCCCUCAAGCGGUCAACCCCAUUGUGCACCAGCCCUUAAAUCAAUUUCUCGGUACUGGAACUACGGUGGUGGCCCCCAGUUACAAAGGAACUGCUGCUGUAAAUAAAGACUCUGCAGAGGUGAACACCAUUCUUUCAGCAUUGAUCAACGAUGCAGUAAACUCCUCGCAACCGAACCUGGCCCCAAACCCCGCAGCGGCUUGUACUCCUGCCCCACUCUCCAUUCCCCUUCAUCAGAAAGACAGUAUGGGAGCAACUUCAAUUGUAGACACGCCGGCAGUACUGGACAUGCAUCCGGCAGCGGCUGGCAACGUGUCUCGAGUAUGUCAACCUGGUGAACAGAUCUGUCCCCGAAAGAUAGGAGCAAGCAAUUUUGCUCUCGUGAGCAGUGGUGCUACCAGCAGCAACAACCCCGACAGCCUCUCUAUGGGUCUGCCAAGGCUCGACCUUGCCAUCCACCAUUCGCCGUCAUCCACAGAUAUCUCAGCACAAGUGUCUCCUGUUGUGUCAUCGUCAGCAGCAACAGAUCUUCACCACAAAAGUUCCGCAAUCGGCAGGAGGCACUCUUACAACAGUCCCUCCCCACUACUCUCUACCACUAAUAUCAGCAGCAGCAGCAACACCAGUAGUAUUACUGGUAGUGGUAACUAUCACAAUAAGAAAAAUAACAAAAGUAACAGCAGUGGUAGCCUCAGCAGCAGCAACAGCAGUGCAUCAUUUAAUCGGAGUCAAGGCUUUGCAGUACCCUCUAGCCCACAAGUAGCCAAGAGUAAACACCGGCCAACACCCCAAUCCACAUCUACAGCAGUAGCAACUGUAUCCGAGAUGCCUUCACCAUCAUAUACAGCCAACCAUACAUUUUUAGCACAGUUACUCACAACAGGCACAUAUCCAACCCCAAGCAUCGAUGUGAAACAAGAGCCACAUGCAAAAACCUCUGUUAACACAACGGCCACUUCAACCUCAAUCACCUCCUCUACAACUAACUAUGCUCCCAUCAGGCCAGCACGAGAGCCAAUCUCUUCAGCUGGUCAUACACCUAUCUCAGUUGCUUCUGCCAUACCAACCAGUAUUCCUAACACCCUUACCAAUGUACCUUCAGGGAAUAAAGCAACCAGUUCAGUACCCAGUUUCUCCAAUAGUGUCUUAGUACCCGCAAGAAAUCAGCCCUUUCACCAGGACACCAGUGCCUUGACUACUACGAAACAGGGCAACCAAGGCUUGCAAAGUGAAAUUAGUCCUAAAGCAGACAGUCCAAUCCUGUGCUUAGGGAGUCCGUUGUCACAAGACAUGGAUGUAUCGUCUUUUUCCACCCAAACAAAUGCGUCAAGCUUGAAGCCAAAACAGAACCGGGUGCAUCCCAAUGAACACAGACGAGUCUCACACAUAUCUGCUGAACAGAAACGACGGUGUAAUAUAAAGAGUGGCUUUGACGUGCUUCACAGCUUGAUUCCUUCACUGAAGCAGACCCCUACCGGCAAAGUUAGUAAAGCUACACUGUUACAGAAAGCUGCUGAAUUCUGCAAAAAAAUGAAAUCUGAAAGAGUGAAAAUGCAAAAUGAAUCUGAAGUGUUAAAAUUAGAAAUUGACAGUUUAAAUUCGGACAUAAGUUACUGUCAGUCACAGCUACCAGCUACUGGGGCUCCAGUAACGAGGGCUGACCAGAUCAAUGAAAUGUAUGAUGAAUAUGUCCGAUUACGAACCAAUCAGAAUUGGAAGUUUUGGAUUUUCAGUAUCAUCACUCGGCCUCUGUUCAACACAUACAACAACAUUGUAUCGACAGCCAGUAUGGACGAGAUGUGUCGUACAGUAAUGAGCUGGUUUGACCAAUACUGUUCCCUUGCUGCUCUCAGACCAAUGGUCUCAAAUGCGUUACGUCAAGUGAGCACAUCCACAAGUAUUCUCAGCGAACCGGAGCGAUUGCCGGAACAAGCGGCUGCGGCAGUUGGUCUGCAGUCCUCAGCGUCUCACGGGCGAUGAGGGAGCCAGGUGAACCCGACCUUUGUUAUAAUAAAGGAACAACGCCACAGUAAAACUCAGAGUACUCGACGACAUAACGACCACUGCAGCAGCAACAACAACAACGAGUACAGCCACCAUCAUCACUACUAUCAUUUGUUACUACUACCACCACCACCACAACCACUACUACUACUACUACUACAUUCAUUCACUACAGAUACAUGCGAUAUGUGCUGUUGCACCACUGUUGUUGCAGCUGCAUUUGUGGGGGAGUCUCCCUUGUCACCGCCACCACCACCACCACCAACAUUGCCAUCACUACUACUGCUGCUGCUGCUACGACUACAAAAAAAAA